UCACCGGGUCCGGCCAGUGAUUACUCACCGGCAUCCGGUGAUCGCAGAGCAUUACCAAUAGAGGGAGACUCCUGCACACUGCUUUGCAUGGCUCUGCAUAGCAAGGCCAUACAAAACAGUGUGCUUACAGUUGAAAGCACAUACAGCCCACAGUAAAACAGCACACAGUUAACCCUUUGAUCGCCCCACAUGUUAACCCCUUCCUGCCCAGUGCCAUUAGUACAGUGUCAGUGCUUUUUAUUAGCACUGAUCACUGUAUUGGUGUCACUGGGGAUGUCAGUGACACCAAGUCAGUUCCUACCCAGUGUCAGAAUGCCCGCUGCAGUCCCGCAAUAA